AUGUCUUCCAAGUUCUCCUGGAGCCAUGACUACACCUCUCUCCUGCCGGAGUCUCAACGUCACCUCCUCAGUCGGACCACGCCGUAUCGCCGGAUCAUUGCAGCAGCUCUUUUGGCAGCGGUCUUACUUCUGACUUACGCUUUGGGUACCGGCGAUGGCGCUGGAGAUGCUUCUCAUACUACAACACCGCCCACUCAAGCUGAGAUUGAGGAUGCAACAAGACCGCUCUUUUUCAGUCUUUUGAUUCCAGGUGGGAGGAAGCAAGAUGUGGAGACGUGCCGCACCAUCCUCUCGGCUCAGGUGUUGAACUAUCCGAUACCUCAACUACUUCCUCUGGAUCCGUCUCCUAUUCAGCCCAGAGACGAAGGACAGGUGAAUGAGAACGGCGUUGAUAAGGAGGUCACAGAGACGCAGCCUCCAACACCGGCCGUAGUAUGGGUGGAAGCAAUUCUCAAAUGGCUCGGCAGAACUCCACCGGAAGGCGAAGAUGGUAUCGUCCUCCUUCUGGAUGAGCCCGGCGUGUACUUUCAACUGAGGCCACAGGUAUUGCUGCAGAGGUACUAUCGAAUCUUGACGGAGGCGGACGAGAGCGCGAGAGCUACUCGAAUGGACGAUGUGAAGAAGAGUGUCCUGCACAGCAUUGUAUUUCCAGCGGCAACAUGCCGUCUUGUUUCCGAUGGCGAGGUAGGCGCAAGAUGCGACGCUGCGCCAGAUCUCAGCUCGAAGCCUCUUGGAGAAGGGUACAUGAUGGGACCGGUAAAGGAUAUUCGCCAGCUUCUCACUCGCACAUUGGUGGCACUCAAUCAAGACCCAUCAGCGAGCGUCCACAACAUCUUCACGACACUCUACACCGAACAGCUCCUCCACCGCCAAACCCAAGUCGACCAAAACUGGUUCACCUUCAACCAAGACCCCGAACUAGGAAUCACCCUCGACACCACCUCCCACCUCAGCACCUCCAUCCCCCCCUCCACCAACAAAAGCACUUGGAAAUCCCUCUCCACCCUCCCACCCGAAAUCACCGAAAGCACACCCCCCUACUGGACCGUCUUCGGCUCCGAGCCCACCCUCCCACACACCGCAACCUGGUCUUCCGUCCUCCUCUUCCACCCCUCCUCUUCAACCCCUCACUCCCCACCCCUCCUCCUCCAUCCACCAUCCACCCCUCCCUCACAGCGCACUCAAACCUGGAAAUCCCUCUUCUACCACCCCCACGCUCGAACCCUCUACACCGCCGCGCAACACCUCCCCUCCACGAUCGUCGCUUCGAUUCCGGUUUUCGCCUCGGAUGGACGGACUCGACUUGGAGACAGGACGUUUUGGAACCGGAAAGCGAAGCCUGAUACGGCGGGUGCGUUUAAUGGGGGGUUGAGGAAGGGACUGCAGGUUGGGGAUGCGCUGGAAGAGGACUUUUGGCCUUGGAGGGAUAUGUGUGGUGGGGAGGCGGAGGUGGAGGGUGUGUUUGGGGAUGGGAAGGGGGCGUGGGUUGGAGGGAGGUUUUACUAG